AUGGGGAUUGCAGACAAGCUCAGCCAUGUGCAAAAUGGUUCAGAAGACUUGAGCAUCUAUAGAGUUCCACGUAAACUUCGAAAAGUGAAGGAGGAUGCCUACAACCCUCGCGUUGUCUCCAUUGGACCUCUCCAUCGAGACAACCCUAACCUCAUAGCUAUGAAAGAGCAUAAAUGGCGUUACAUGCUCUUCAUUCUGCAACAAACAAACGACUUUAAAAAUACUAUUGAAUGCUUGAAAAAGUGCACCAAUGCCAUUUAUGGUUUAGGGACGUUCCCUUUAAACACAAAAGUGUGUGAAAGCUAUGCUGAAGAUCUCACAGAAAUUAAGAAGCAAGAUCUCGCAGAAAUAAUGUUGGUUGACGGAUGCUUCAUGUUGGAGCUUUUCCUCAGGUAUGACCAAUACUGCUCAGAUAUUCCGUUGAAACACCAAUCUAAUGAUCCAAUAUUCGGUAAUGCUUGGAUGAUCCCAGCACUUAAGCAUGAUCUGGCAUUACUUGAAAAUCAGAUCCCUUUCUUCAUUCUCGAAAUAUUGUACAAUGUUAUCAAGCCUCACAUCCCUCACACCGUGGAAUAUACACCACCAAAUUCGGUCACUAGCCUCGCUCUUAACUUUUUUCAACCCAUGAACCGAAAGGCAACAAAUGAAGAUACUAAAACUGCAGACUGCAAGCAUUUGCUUUAUCUUUUGCACAAUUUCUUCCUCCAAACCAGAUCGGACCAUAUAGUUGAAUUGGGUCCUGCCAAGGCAAGCAACCAACAUGCAAGAAAAGAAGAUACGGAGACUGCAAACUCCAACCAUUUGCUUCAACUUUUGGGCAAGUUCUUCCUCCCAGCAAAGGCAAGUAAGAAAAAAAGUAAAUUCAAGUAUUGCGCUUCAGACCUUUAUGACGCUGGAGUCCAGUUUGAAAAAGGGUUGGCCGAGGACCAUUUGUUGUGCAUAAAAUUCGAAGAUGGAGAAAUCAAAAUUCCACAGGUGUUCAUUGAUGACACUACAGAUUCACUGUUCCGGAACCUGAUUGCUUUUGAGCAAUGUCAUCUCAAGAGUUCACAUCACAUCACAUCAUACGUCAUCCUCAUGAAGAGUCUCAUCCGUUCAAAAGAGGAUAUCAAACUACUCAAGAAAAAGGAGAUCAUAAAUGAAAAUUUUGCAGGAGGCGAAUAUUUUGUUCAUUUCGGAAGUAUUUUAGACCAUGUUAAUCCAAAGGACUUCCUCUUUGGCGACUUGUGCGACCAGGUGAAUGAUUACAGCAGGUCCUGGUUUCACUGGCGUAAAUUCAAAGUAUUUUGGAUGGUGCGGCUUCAGAGAUAUAUGAGGUCCCUUUAUAACACAUAUUUCUCUAGUCCAUGGAGUAUCACGGCAUUCUUUGCUGCGGCUGUCCUUUUCAGUCUCACAGUCACACAGACGUACUAUGCCAUUCACCCUCGCUAA